CACAGUUCCAUUUAGACGCGGAUGGAAUGUUUGACGUUCCUGGUUAGAAAACCGGUUAGCAAAGUAUUCAAAACACAGACAAACACAGUGUUUGAAACAGAAACACGACCCGUCUGCCUCUGUUUCCUGAAGCUGCUAGCUAGACCAUGGAUGUCAGUCAAGAAGACUUGAGCAAACUGAGCAUCAACAACUCCUCUGAUGAUAUUGAAUUAGAUAAUUCUUAUCAGGAAGACUUUUACUCAUCUGCUGAUGAAGACCAUGCUGAUGAAGAUGAUGUUUCAGAUAAAAUCCCAGAAUCAAUGCUCAAAUAUUUUGAAGCCUCCGAGAACAGAGCAAGUCAGUUUGAAAAGCUCAUCCUUGAGAACAAUGAAGAUGAUGAUUCCGGAGCGGCUGAGGUGUAUUCCAUCAUUUCAAGUCAUUCUGAAGACCUUUUAAUGGAACUGGCCUCUGACUUAGGCCUACACGAGGACCCAGUGAAGUUAAAAGAACAAGUCAUGUUCGAGAUGGAGGAUGAGAAGUUGAACACUAUCCCUAACAAGGCCUGCCCUCACACUGUAUCUGACAGUGACAUUACAGACAGAGUGCCACACAACAGUGAGGAUGAUAUUGAAUGUGAUGCAUAUUUAAGGUCUGAAAAGCAACUCAGUUUGGAACUGAAAACUUUGGAGCGUAAGUUGAAAGAGGAGGAUGAGAGGAGAAUUGUGGAAUACGAGGUGGAGCGAAAGAAGGAGCAGAAUGAGCAGAGAGAAAAGGAGGAGUGGAGGAAACGCAGACAGAGAGACUUUGAAGAGGAGCUGAGGCAGAUAGAAGAGGGCAAUAGGCAUCGCCCUACAGGCAUGGAGGAGAUGAGAGAAAGAGAGGCAGAAGAGAAGCUUCAACAAGAGUUGCUCAAACAGCAGGAGCUGAUCAGCAGCCUCCAGAGACAGAUGGAGGAGGAGAGGAGGGCCUUUGAGAAGGUGCAGGAGGAAAAGAGGAGGAAGACCCACCAGUCUCGAUGCAGGGCGGCCAUCACUAUCCAGGCUGCCCUCAGAGGCGUCCUGGCACGCCGGUGGACCAGGGCCGAGCUCCACCGCAAAAGAGAGGAACAAAGGAGGUGUGAGGAGGAGAGGAGCAGGAGGGAGGAGAGGUGGAGGAGGGAACAGGAGGAGCAGCGGCUGAAGCAGGAAAAGGAAAACAGAAGGAGAGAGUUGGAGGAGCAAGCGCUGAAGAGGAGGAGCUUAGAGUAUGAGAGAGCCAAAGAAGAGGAUCGAGUCCGUAUGGAGAGAGAGAGACAGGAUGAGGAGGAGAGGAGAAAGAGGGAGGAGGAGGAGAACAGAAAGGAGGGAGAGAGAAGAAAAAUGGAGGAGAAGAGAAAGAAGCAUGAAGAAGAGGAGAAGAGAAAGAAAGAAGAGGAGAAGAGAAAGAAAGAAGAGGAGAAGAGAAAGAAAGAAGAGGAGAAGAGAAGGAAAGAAGAGGAGAAGAGAAAGAAGAAGAGGAGAGAGAAGGAGGAGCAGAUUAGGAAGGAGAAAGAUAAGCAAGAAAGGGAGGAGGAGCGGAGAAAAAGACAGGAGGAUGAGGAGGAGGAAAAGGAGAAUGAAAGGAAAAGCAAGGAGGAGGAAGAGAUUAGGAUGAAAUCAGAUGAGAGGAAACCAAAGAGCCUGCAAAAGCUGGAGACAGGAAUAGUGAAGGAGGAAAGUCAAAACCUGAGUGAGGAAAAAGCCAGAGAGGAGAAAUCAGCCGCCACUGAAUGUUCCCCCACUGCCAGCUCUCCCCCCAUUGACCCCAGCGCCUCAGCCCCUCAGUCUGCCUUUGAGCGUAUGAGUGUAUCUCUACCAGAGCAGACGGAGCAGAGGAGACUGGCCUGGAUGAGGGACUGCACUUCCUGGUCCAAACUCUCCCUGCAGAACAAGAGGAAGCAGCAGCAGGGGGUCAGGACCCAGAUGAGGAGGGGGGCGAGGAGGGCCGCUGAGGGGAGCGGUUUACCCCUCUGCCCAGAAACACUCCUUCAGUCCGGGGCCUGGAACUCCCCUCAGGAGGUGACCACAGUUGUUCUGGAGGAUCUCCCUGGCUGUAGCCUCUCUACUUUGUCCCAAUGCCCCAGACUGCAGACCCUCACCAUGAGACGCUGUGGCCUUAAAUCCCUGGAGGGCCUCAGUCAAUGCACAGAGCUUCGCUACAUCGAUGUACAGGACAACUCAAUCACGUUUGUGGACUGUGAGAAUCUGGCUAACCUCCGAGUUCUUCGACUUGGCCGGAACCGUCUGACAUCCAUCCAUGGUCUGGCUGGUGCUGUGGAUCUGGACGUUCUGGAGCUCUCGCACAACUCCAUCACCCGCAUCGGUGGUCUGGAGCCAUUGAAGAGGCUGCAAAAGUUAUUGUUGGACCACAACCAGCUGAUCAGUACUAGAGGACUGAGAGAGGUGUACACGCUGCUACACCUGGACUUGUCUCACAACCAUCUGUCCAGUGCAGAGGGCCUGGACAACUGUGCGCUGCUCAACACACUGGACCUGACAGGAAACAAUCUCACUGAGCUACCCAGUCUGAGGAACCAGGUUCUCCUGGUGGAGCUCCAUCUGGAGGACAACAGCAUCUCCUCACUGGAGGGCCUGACAGCCUGCUGGCUCCCCCUGAUGCAGCUCCUCUCUGGGGCCCAAAACAGUAUAACCCAUCUGCCAUCACUGUGUCAUUUUGUGUCACUGGAGAAGCUGGACAUCAGAGACAACUGCCUCUCAGAGCUGCAGAACUUGUGUGAGAGUCUGCAGGGAUGUCCACUCCUUCGAGAGGUCCAUCUCACUGGGAAUCCCCUUCAGCAAGAGACCAUGUGGAGGUCCAGUCUGCAGAGGGCUGUGCCGGGUCUACAGGCCAUAGACGGGCAGCCUGUUGACUCCUCUCCAGCGCUCCCUGGUCCUGGUCUAGUCUUGGCCCUGCUGCCUCAGAACAGCUUUCUAGCCUUCUGUCAGGCACAGCUCCAGCAGCUCCACACACUGCAGCACAGCCACACAGCACAACUCAGCGGUGCUCUCCCUCCCCUGGAUGCUCUGAGGCUCUCCCUCCAGCUCCAUGAUGAAGCUGUACAGCUGGCUGAGGAGCACAGAUACGCUCACGAAUAUGGAGACACCAGCAUCACCGACAAACAAGAUGACAGUCACAGGAGUGACACCGCCAGGGUUAGCAGGAUCCCUGCCGAAAAGUCUGACGUAGAGGGUAUGGACAGACAUGGUGGUGUCACGAGUGUCAUGAACAGGAAGCAACCUGAAAAUAAGUCCUGUGGAAACACAAACACCUGGCCACAUGUGGUUCCCCUCAUCAGCCCAGCCAAUGACAACAGUGAAAACCAGCCUCAGCCCCCAGCAUACAGAUCAUUCAGCAGUCUAGGGACUGUGUCCAAUAGGCCCGAGUUGAAGCCAGCAACGCCAGCUAGCUACACCAGUUCCAGCUCUACCUUCUCCGAGGAAAAAACGUCCCGUGCCACUGCCAAGCCCAGCAGUUCACCCUUCCCCAAAGCUCACAUCGAGCUGGACCUCAAAAACAUGGCAGCUGUAGUGAUCCAGCGCCACUGGAGAGGACACAGAGGACGUCAGAGGAUCCAGCUGCAUCCACCUCCAGGAGAGGGGCAAGGAGGAAGAGAGAGGGGAAGAGUAGACACAGGACCCGGCCAUACUGGGUCAGAGCACAGCCGUUUGGAACCAGAUUAUGCUGCAACUGCCAUCCAGGCGGUUUGGAGAGGCUUCACUCUGAGGAGGAGGCUGGCUGCUGCUCUGGCCCAGGCUCGGGGCUUCAACCCCGCGGAUCACGAGGCCUUCGAGGUGGUGAACGUGGAUGAAUUUGUCUUUGAUGAGAUGGCACUAGAGAGAGACUGGAUGAUGACUUCGCUGCUGUCUGACGAUUCACCUCCCAAAACCCUCCUUCAUUCUCCUCCAUUCCCAGACCAGCUGCUUGGUCCAAAGCGUCCUCUGAAUCUUCCAGAUGCCAACCAGCAGACCAGCUCACCUGUUCUUCUGUGGAACCCCAAGCAGGCCUGGAUGGGUGGGGAGAGAGCAGAGCCUGCUGAGCAUAGAGUUUCCCUUGACAGUAUCAGCAGAACUAAAUCUCCUGUCUCUGCGUCAGGGCUCAGUGGUCUUUCUGAGAGUUCUCCUGCUUCUGUGUCAGGGCUCGAUGGGCUUUCUGAGAGAUCAGAGAAGAUUCUGGAGGAGUGGGGGUUCAGAGACAGCCACACUGCUCUGAUGAUGCUGAAGAGAGCUCAGAAGAUGAAGUCUAAGAAGCAGAGGCAGAGAAAACUAUUGGACCCAACUGUACGCCUGGCCCUUUUCAGGAACCAUAGCAACCAGCAUGCCCCUAUGGAAGCACCAAAGAAGCCCUCUCCAGAGAGGAGAGACUACAUUAAAGCUCACCAGGCAGAACUAGCCCUGGAGGGAACAGGCAGAUUGGACCAAACGCGGUUAAACCAGCAAGCACCAGGGAGGGUGGACCAAAUACUGUUGAACCAGGACGCAACAGAGAGAGUGGACCAAACACUGGUGAACCAGGAACUCACUUACCAGUGGCUCCACACCCAGCCUGUGCACUCUGACAGCAGACGCCCUGAGAGUGAUGGUUUCCUCCCAGAGAUUGACCCAGACAUACUGAAAGGAGGCAGAGUGCAGCUCGUGGCUGUAGCAGGGUACAGAGAAGGUCCAGACCAGGCCCCAAUGUCGCGGGCCAGCGGAACGUCAACCUCCCCGCCUCGCAAAGAACACAAUCAAGCUCGGAGAAACUUUAUGGAGCAACUAAACAAAGAAGCACCUUCUCCCCAAAGAGUGACCUCUGCCUCAUCUAAAAAGGAGCGCAUGUCUUUCCGGGAUAACCCUGUCCAGAUGAGUGGUGGCUGGGUAGGGGGCAAAAAAAGGGACAAACUGCACAAGUAACAAGACAUGUGUUAAUUACCAAGAAACUGGUUUAGCUUUAUUCACUGUAUGUCCAAAACAGUAAGCAUGACAACCAUUAUUCUGUUCACAGUGACUUUUUGACAGUCCCAUACAGUAUAUGCAUUAUGUUGACAUUUCAUUCUGAUGUGCAACGUUUUACUUUCCUCCCCCCAAAAGUUUUGAUUGUCAUUAAUCUCCUAUGCUAAAAUUCCUUGCAGCUGCCUUUUCGCUCUCAGAUCGGGCUCGGCCUCUGUGGGUCUUCUGAAAAUGAAUUAAAAGCAAUGGGAGAAGCCCAGCCCAAAUAUCUGCUGGCGUUUUCAUGCUGGUCAUUAUGCAUGGAUAUCACUGCCUUAAUGCGACCUCGGCCAACACCGGAACGCAUGGAGCCAAGUCCCAAAACACUCAACAAAUCACACGCUUAAUAUGCUGACAAUGGUUGGAAAUAAGAAACAGAACAUUUCUAUUCUAAUUGUUAGGAUGUUUGUAUUUUGAUUUCAUUUAGAUUUAUUUUACAAGCUUUCCAGACCGGUCUCUGCUGCUGUGGUAUUUGGUAAAAGAAAAUAUAGAACUUAGAAUUGGGCCCCGUGUGGCUGAGUUGGUAGAGCAUGGCACUUGCAACACCAGGGUUGUGGGUUUGAUUCCCACGGAGGACCAGUAUGAAAAUUGAUGAACUCACUACUGUAAGUCGCUCUGGAUAAGAGCAGCUACUAAAAUGUACGUGCAGAAGGUGUUUUAUCUUAGAUGUUGCAUAUCUAAGAAAAAAUGUUUUUUUCUUUUUUUUUUCUUGCUUAAUUAAGUUGAUGAAGUGGCACUUUUACUCAGCUGUUAAUAAUCAAGGUAAAUACAUUUGGGAUUCUAAAAUAAUGAUUAAAUUCAAGUUUCUUUUUUGAUUUUACUAUCAUAGACACUGAGUGUUCAAAUCAUUAGGAACACCUGACAUAGGUGAAUCCAGGUGAAAGCUUUGAUCCCUUAUUGAAUUUUUUUAAUCCUCCCUUCACUUUCAUAUUUCUCUCCCUGGUCUCUGGUUGUGUUUUGACUGUAUUCAGCCCAUCAGGAAUUUAGUCUACAGACAGGACCAGUGCUGUAUCAUGACUAGUGCCAGUUGUGCUGGUGGUGGUCCUGCCCGGCCCAUUAGGACUGUUAUGGUUUGUCACUUGUUAAAUCCACUUCAAUCAGUGUAUAUGAAAGGGAGGAGUCAGGUUAAAGAAGGAGUUUUAAGCCUUGAGACAAUUGAGACAUGGAUUGUGUAUGUGUGUCAUUCAGAGGCUGAAUGGGUAAGACAAAAGAUUGAAGUGCCUUUGAACGGGGGGUAUGGUAGUAGGUGCCAGGCGCACCGGUGUGUGUCAAGAACUGCAACAAUGAUGGGUUUUUCACACUCAACAGUGUCCCGUGUGUAUCAUGAAUGGUCCACCACCCAAAGGAUAUCCAGCCAACUUGACACAACUGUGGGAAGCAUUGGAGUCAAAAUGUGCCAGCAUCACUGUGGAACGCUUUCGACACCUUGUAGAGUCCAUGCCCUGACGAGUUGAGGCUGUUCUGAGGGCAAAUGGGAAGGUGUUCCUAAUAUUUCGUACACUCAGUGUAAAUACAGCACACAGUAGAGUCUCCCGAUUUGAACUAAAUCUGGAGUUGCGGAUAUCUAGAGAUGUUGCCAGACAGCCUGUCAGAGCAGGCGCAGCUUUGAGUAAAGCGCAAACAUUGGUGUUACAAUUGUGUUUUACAUUUUUUAUUACCAGCUGCAUCCCCACACUACAAGGGUUCUUGUUCUGUGUAUUUGAAUUUGGAUUUCAGAUUCCAUCCAACCACAAACACUGCCUUACCAAAGCGGCUAACCCUGGGGUUGAAGGUUCAUCGCUUGUCUGUUGCAUGUAAAUGAUCUGUUAAUGAAUGUGAAAACAAAUAGUUGGAGCUGGAGAGGAGAGUGGCUCCCUGGCAGGAAAUGCUUGUCCCUCUAUUUAUUUAAUCCUCCCUUCACUUUCAUAUUUCUCUCCCUGGUCUCUGGUUGUGUUUUGACUGUAUUCAGCCCAUCAGGAAUUUAGUCUACAGACAGGACCAGUGCUGUAUCAUGACUAGUGCCAGUUGUGCUGGUGGUGGUCCUGCCCGGCCCCUUAGGACUGUUAUGGUUUGAAACCCAAGAGCACUGUUCUCCUUCAGGGGGAGAUUGAACUCCUGUCCCCCUCGGGAGAAGCCUGGGGCUUUUACCUGGUGAUUAUUUUCUCUUUUGGCCCAUAGCAUGGUGUUAUCAGCCAAUAUUUGGAAUGGUGAGGGUUCUAUUGUUUACUCUGCCCACCAAACACUGUCUUCCCAUAUGUUAGUUGUUGUUUUGCUUAAAUUAACAUGAACAUCGACUAAUAUAUCAAUACAUUUUCAGGCCACACAUUUGAAGGACUUUUCAUAAUGCUCAGGGUGUACUCACCUAAAUACCCUUACGUGUGUUGCUAGGAUUGGGUGUGUCUGUCCCAGUUGGUUUAUCUCCCAUUAUUAUCUUUCACAGGACGUUGUUCAAUUCUGACUGUAUGCUGUCUUUCAUUAUAAAGUAGUGAAGGAAUUCACUCCUCAACGCCAUGCUGCACACAAUGUCUUCAGGUCCUAUAUCCGUUUGUUUGCCUAAUAGAUUUCAUUAUACGUAAUCACCCCAAGCUCACAUUUGUGGUAAAAUAAGUGUGUCAUAUAUUAGUCAUUUAGACAAGAACAUUAGAGGGUUGAGAGAGAGAAGAGAUCAUGAUGUGAGUCUGUCUGUUCCAGAUAUGUAGGUUGACGUUUAUUGUUAUGAGUCUUAUCCUGGAGGCAGAACUGAGAGAUUUCCUCUUAAUUAGGCCAGCUGCAAAGUCAAAAUUGUCUAUAUUGUAAAAAUUUAUUAAAACAAAAAUGUGCUUUUUGGUCUUAAUUUAAGGUUUAGGUUAGGCAAUAGAGUUAGCAGUGUGGUUAAGGUUAGAGUUAGGUUUAAAAUCAGAUUUUAUGACUUUGUGGCUGUGCCAGCUAGUGUGCAGGGCAGCCUCCAGAACAAGAUUCAUGAUGAAAAAUGCUUGUAUAACAGAUGACAAACUGUUGUUAUCUUGUUCUCUAGUCUAUCUAAGCCUAUGACUGUAUGAGUGGACAAAACCAUCGAUCACGUGACACCAUUAAUUCCUAUAUGAAGACUCAAUAGCGCACUGGUACAAUGAUUGUCUUCGGUCAUGAACUCCCGUGGUGUCAAUGAGAGGGGGCAGUCGUUCUCCACAUAAAGCAGCUUCUGGCUUUAUGUGGCUUUGCACCACAGUGGCGGUUCAAAACAGUCUGGGACGAUAGAUACAAAUUUCAUACAACCAUUGUACAUCCCCCCCAAAAUUCUAAAGCAAUAAGGCUGAUGCAACAGAUCAGAACGUUUAGCCUAAAAUGUUGAUUAAACUAUUAUUUCUUCACAUUAUAAGUGCAGCAAUGCGCACUUAUUAGAACAUGUGAGAAUGCUGGUUUCAAUGGCAUAAGGAAUUGUUUAUAAAAUAAUUCCCUCAACAUGUCUAUGGUCUGAUUUUGGCUAGGCUACUAGGACAUGAGAGGCUGUAAACACAUAUCACCUAGGCUACACUGUGAGAUGUAGGCUAAUUAUUUAUUACAGGUAACUGACACAAUAAAGGAAACCCCAACAUAAAGUGUCUUAAUAGGGUGUUGGGCACCACGAGCCAGAACAGCUUUACUGCACAUAGAUGCUACAAGUGUCUGGAACUCUAUUGGAGGGAUGUAACACCAUGAGAUGUUUUGUUGAUGGUAGUGGAAACCGCUCUCAGGCUCCACUCCAGAGUCUCCCAUAUGUGUUCAAUUGAGUUGAGAUCUGGUGACUAAGACACACACACCCUAUGAUCCUUUGAGACCCCUCUAUCUAAAUCACUUCUAGCCGUGGUAAUCUAAAUAAUGGGCAACUGGGCAUUUUUAUGCAUGACCCUAAGCAUGAUGGGAUGUUAAUUGCUUAAUUAACUCAGGAACCACACCUGUGUGGAUGCACCACCUUUCAAUAUACUUAAUAUAACUAAUUUACUCAAGUGUUUCCUUUAUUCAGUUACAUGUACAUUUAUGCUAAAUAGAUUAGAAUAUUAUUUCAAUGUUGGCCUUUUUAGGGGCACAUGUUUGAAUGUGAAUUUCUGGCUCAGUUGACAGCCCUAUUGUUCUGUUUGUUGUACUCCUAUUAGCCUUGUAAAUCAUUGUGAUUGACCUGUCCUAGAGUAGACCCAUGCUGGCAUAUCAAAACAUAAAAAUAAACAAAGUAUUUAAUUUGG